ACCGUGUUGGACCUGCUUUUUAGGUGAAUUUUCUCGCCGAACAAGUGAGAGCGUGCGAAGUUUGGAAAUUUUCUGUAAACUUAUUUGCUAGAUGCAGUUUUUGUUUACUGAGUAAUGUGCUUUAAAAUAUUUCAACAUUUCCAUUGCUAGUGAAGACGUACGACGGCGUCAGCGCGGGUGAACUAGUUAGUGCUGCAGCAACUGCAUAAUCUUGGUUCGAUGGUUGGCACAACGCGGAAGUAAACCAGAUAAUUUGACUUUUGUUUGUUUUUAUUCGAUUGCCAAUCGUGGGCAUCGCUUCGGAUGCUUGAACUUGAAUCUUCCUGAUAAGAUUCAAGCGACUGCAGCUGUCUGUGUUCACGAUACCGAAGACAGGAAAGUAAAAGUUUCUAGUUUGUGGCUACAACAACGUCUACAUUCGGUGUAGUCAGCAAAACUAGUUUGUGGAGAACGUGCCUUCCGUAGCGUUUUGACUGCACGCCCCAGUCUCAAAUUCUUCAGAUAUCGAAAGACGUAAGCAACCGCUGCAACCAUGAUGGAGGCACUCUACAUCGGUGGCGUUGAAGGUGGCGCGACACACUCGAAGCUGGUAAUCUGCGACCAGAGCGGUAAAGUGGUUGCCUCAACGAAGGGUCCCGGAACGAAUCACUGGAUGGUGGGCAUACCGGAGGUUGCCAAGCGAAUCGACACAAUGGUACGGGAUGCCAAGGCACAGGCACAUAUUCCCGACCACCGUAAGCUGGCCGCGAUGGGCCUCUGUUUGAGCGGUGCCGAACAGGAUGCUACCAACAAAGAGUUGGAGAACUAUCUGCGGUCACACUACCCGGACGUUGCCGAACGCUACAUGAUAGGCAGCGACACAAUCGGCAGCAUCGCAACGGCAUCGAAUGUAGGUGGAAUGGUUAUCAUCUCCGGAACGGGCUCCAAUACACUGCUGCGAAAUCCGGACGGGAGUACUUACGGAUGCGGUGGAUGGGGUCACAUGAUCGGAGACGAGGGUGGAGCCUGGUGGAUUUCCAAAUGUGCUAUUAAAACUGUUUUUGACCAUGAAGACAACUUCCGUCGUAGCAAAUUGUGCGUCGACCGGGUGUGGGAACUAAUACGGGAGCAUUUUGGAGUAAAAUCUCGUGUGGACCUGUUAGAUCAUUGCUACGCCAAGUUCUGCAAACCUACGUAUUCCGGAUUGUGUGCUAAAUUAGCCAAAUGUGCCAAAGAUGAAGGUGACCCACUGUGCAGAAAAUUGUUCGAAGAUGCCGGUCAAGAGCUGGCUCGUUCUGUGUGUGCCUUAUCACCUCGCAUUAGUCCUGCGCUGAUCAGUCAAUGCGGAGAAGUUGACGUCGUCUGCGUUGGCUCAGUUUGGCUUAGUUGGAACCUGCUGGAACCGGGUUUCACAAAGGAAUUGGAGAGAGCUCAAUUCAAAUAUGAUCUAAAAUUGCUGAACUUAACGAACACAAUGGCACUAGGAGCGGCCUACCUUGCGGCCGAUACAUUUGAAAUGGAAUUACCGAGAGAUUAUUCCAAAAAUUAUGAAAUCUUCUACAGCCAUCGGGCCGUACUGAAUGGAGGCACUAAUGGAAAUUCUAACGGAACAAAUGGUAACCAUGAGACUACUAAUGGGAGCAUCAAAGAUUCCGCUAAGAGCAGUAGUAAUGGGGUUUCCAACGGAACGAACGGUACUACUAAUGGAACAAAGACUACUUGAAAGUUUUAACGCAUCCAGAUAGUUGAUUGUUAAUCGAGAACUGAGAUUUUUGUAUAGGCAACAUAUAUUAUCGUUAAAAAUAUUUUAGAGAAAUUAAUAGCACAAAAACGAGCUACCAAUGUAAAAAUGUAUUCAUGAGGCAGUAUCAACAUAUACGAGUCAAUGUAUUUACACCUACCUACAAGCUACAAUAAA